AUGAAGUUCGCCACUUUCAGCAGCUUGGUGGUGCUCCUCGUUGCAGCUCUGUCGACAACAUCUACUGCUUUGCCGCUCAUUGGCGGCUCCCAGCUCGGAUCGGCAACUGGUUCCGCAGGCACGGCUCAGUCGGUGCAGAAUAAUGACUACUCGCAUGUCUCGCCCGGCAACCAGGUUCAGAACGGCGGCUCCCAAAAGGCCGACCUUCAGGGAGUUGCGGGCAACGUCCUCCAGGGGUCAGGCCCGCUCGGCCUCCUUCACUAG